AACACUGCUGAUGGUAUAAAUGACUGCUGUUGGGUCAACUGCAUCUGGCCUGGAAGAAUGAUAAAUGCCUGGGAGGAAGCCACACUGCGGGACUUCCGUGAUUGUGGUGACACCUAUAAUUGGACAUGUCCCUUGACACACGAAAAGUGUAUCUAUUGAGUUACAACAGAUCUUAGUCUCUUUGAGCAUAAGGCUUUUAAGCCAAGGUCAUGCAAGACAAGAUAAUCUGCCUUCCGAAAAGAGUUCAACCUUCUCAGAAUCACUCUUCCGUUUCAAAUGUCUCUCAAGCAGUUGCCAGCACCACCCCGCUGCCUCCCCCUAAACCAUCUCCUACCAACCCCGCCACCGUGGAAAUGAAAGGACUAAAGACAGAUUUGGAUCUUCAGCAGUACAGUUUCAUAAACCAGAUGUGUUAUGAGCGAGCCCUCCACUGGUAUGCCAAGUAUUUCCCUUACCUUGUCCUCAUCCAUACCCUGGUCUUCAUGCUCUGCAGCAACUUUUGGUUCAAAUUCCCUGGCUCCAGCUCCAAAAUAGAACAUUUCAUCUCCAUCCUGGGCAAGUGUUUUGACUCUCCAUGGACCACCCGGGCUUUAUCAGAAGUGUCUGGGGAGGACUCAGAAGAGAAGGACAACAGGAAGAACAACAUGAGCAGGUCCAACACCAUCCAGUCUGGCCCAGAAGGCAGCCUGGUCAACUCUCAGUCCCUAAAGUCAAUUCCCGAGAAGUUCGUGGUUGACAAAUCCACUGCAGGAGCUCUGGAUAAGAAGGAAGGGGAGCAAGCAAAGGCCUUGUUUGAGAAGGUAAAGAAGUUCAGGCUGCACGUAGAAGAAGGCGAUAUACUGUACGCUAUGUAUGUUCGCCAGACUGUCCUUAAGGUCAUAAAAUUCCUCAUCAUCAUUGCCUAUAAUAGCGCCCUGGUCUCCAAGGUUCAGUUUACGGUGGACUGUAAUGUCGACAUUCAGGACAUGACUGGAUAUAAGAACUUUUCUUGUAACCACACCAUGGCACACUUGUUCUCCAAACUGUCCUUCUGCUACCUGUGUUUCGUAAGUAUCUACGGAUUGACGUGCCUUUAUACCUUAUAUUGGCUGUUCUACCGUUCUCUACGGGAAUACUCUUUCGAGUAUGUCCGGCAGGAGACUGGAAUUGAUGAUAUUCCAGACGUGAAAAAUGACUUUGCUUUUAUGCUUCAUAUGAUAGAUCAGUACGACCCACUGUAUUCCAAGAGAUUUGCGGUGUUCCUGUCGGAAGUGAGCGAGAACAAAUUAAAACAGCUGAACUUAAAUAACGAGUGGACUCCCGACAAACUGAGGCAGAAGCUACAGACGAACGCCCACAACCGGCUGGAACUGCCUCUGAUCAUGCUCUCUGGCCUUCCAGACACAGUUUUUGAGAUCACGGAGUUGCAGUCUCUCAAGCUUGAAAUCAUCAAGAACGUGAUGAUACCCGCCACCAUCGCGCAGCUGGACAAUCUCCAGGAGCUCUCGCUGCACCAGUGCUCUGUCAAGAUCCACAGCGCAGCCCUCUCUUUCCUGAAGGAAAACCUCAAGGUCUUGAGCGUCAAGUUUGAUGAUAUGAGGGAGCUGCCCCCCUGGAUGUAUGGGCUCCGGAAUCUGGAAGAGCUCUAUCUGGUUGGCUCUCUAAGUCAUGAUAUUUCCAGAAAUGUCACUCUUGAGUCUCUGCGGGAUCUCAAAAGCCUUAAAAUCCUCUCAAUCAAAAGCAACGUUUCCAAAAUCCCCCAGGCAGUGGUGGACGUUUCCAGCCACCUCCAGAAGAUGUGCAUACAUAACGACGGCACCAAGCUGGUGAUGCUCAACAACUUAAAGAAGAUGACCAAUCUGACAGAGCUGGAGCUGGUCCACUGCGACCUGGAACGCAUUCCCCACGCCGUGUUCAGCCUGCUGAGCCUCCAGGAACUGGACCUCAAAGAGAAUAACCUGAAAUCUAUAGAAGAAAUCGUUAGCUUCCAGCACUUGAGGAAGUUGACAGUGCUAAAACUGUGGCACAACAGCAUCACCUACAUCCCAGAGCAUAUAAAGAAACUCACCAGCCUGGAGCGCCUGGCCUUCAGCCACAACAAAAUAGAGGUGCUGCCCUCCCAUCUCUUCCUAUGCAACAAAAUCCGAUACUUGGACUUGUCCUACAAUGACAUUCGGUUCAUCCCACCGGAGGUCGGAGUCCUACAGAGUUUACAGUAUUUUUCCAUCACGUGUAACAAAGUGGAGAGCCUUCCAGAUGAACUCUAUUUCUGCAAGAAACUUAAAACCCUGAAGAUUGGGAAAAACAGCCUAUCGGUACUCUCACCGAAAAUUGGAAACUUAUUAUUUCUUUCCUAUUUAGACGUGAAGGGCAAUCACUUUGAAAUCCUCCCUCCCGAACUGGGCGACUGCCGGGCCCUGAAGCGAGCCGGGCUCGUGGUGGAGGAUGCUCUGUUUGAAACUCUGCCUUCCGACGUCCGGGAGCAAAUGAAAGCAGAAUAACUGAUUUUUUGCUUUAAAGCUUGACCGAAACGCGCUUCUACCAAAUACAGUAUAAAUAACUAGGUAGUCUUGAUGCCUUUCCUAUUUUAUUUUAUUUUUUUCCUCUUUCACACAAAAGAAAAUGUACACAAGAUUAAGGAGUGUGUAUUUUUUAAUAAAAAUUUAAUUGUAUUUUUUCAACAUUAAUAUUUUAAAGUUUUAUUUGUCCUGGAACCUGAUGUAUCUAUUAUUGUUUUCUACUGACAGAAACAGAUGGUUCCAUCUGUUUGUUUGUUUUUUGUCAUUUCACUCUUAUGGAAGGGAGGGAAUCUUGAGUUGCAUGCUUUUUGGUAUUUUUGAAAGAGAUAUUUUGCCAAUGCCAUUUUUAGCUUGUUUACACCUGUACAGGGUCCUUACUUUUGUUUUCAUCAUGUAUGCGCCAAGGAGUCUGUGCUAGUUCUUGUAAUACCAGCUGCCUUCUGCAUUGGCCAAGUCCUUCAUCCUACAGAACACUCCUCUCUGGAGUGUAAAUUCACAUAAGUGCAUUGUCACAGACUGUUGUUUUUAAAAUUACUCUUCAUCUCCAACAGAACCCUGAAUUGUGUUAUUUCAUAUACCUGACAGUCAAUGUGAUAUUGUUAGGCUAGGAUUUCAUAAGUGGGUGAAAACAAUGAUCUUCCAUGGCUGACUGAUCUGAAUUGGUCAUUUAUAAUCUAACUUGCAUUUCCACCAACAUUUCAAAGAUAUCAUUUUAAAAACAAAAUACAGAGGCUCCCCUCCCCCCACCUUUAAUAUUGCUAUGUAGUACUGGUGAACAACCUUAGAGAAGCUAGAUUUAUUUUAAUUAAAAUAGGUAAUUAAAUUAAAAAUCAGAAUCAGAAGCCUGGUUUUUAAGUAAUUUAAUUAUCUUUGAUAUCUUGAUAUGUGGGUACAUCAGAGAGAAAGAAAAUUCACUGCUUAAGCGCUCUCUGAAAGAGCUGGUGUGCUGUACUCAAGUGCACUGGGUGCUCCGGCCAGGGUGGGGUGGCCAUCUAUUCAGAUUUUCCCUGUUAUGCAGAAUAAUCCACAUCUAUGAAAUGGAUCUUCCAAAAUCCUGCCCUUGCUACGGAUGCUAGUGAUGUGAGCACAGGACAUCUGCUUUUUGGCUUAAAAUAAGCAUCUCAUCUAAAAUGGUUCUGUGACUUUUUUCAAAAGGGGUGAAUAAAUUGCUAAGUGGAUGCCACUUAGAAAUCAUUUUUGUCUGAUGGUCAGCAGAGCUUUUAUUUAUCUUCGUAUUUAAGCCAACGUAGUAUAUGCAUCUUGGGCAAAAUCUGCUACUGAUUCUUAAGCUGUGUAGAACAGGAAAAUGAAAACACUAUUUGUGCCCUCAACCCGUGACCAGUAUUACGGAUCAUAGGAAUAUUGUUUUAUGUGAUAAAUUCACACUGACUGUUUUCGGAACUCUAGUCUGAUCUCAGAGAGUUUUGUGACUUAACAAUGAAAGAAAAUAGAAAGAUGAUUUGGGGUUUCAAAAUACUGCUUUUAAAUUUUGCUCCUUGAUCCUGGUGAUUUUGCGCAGUGCUGCUUGGAGUCAUAGACAGAGUCAUAUACAGAACUACUCAGCAGAUACAUGUACCUCAGUCACGUUUGAAAUGCUAUGAGAUGUCGUGGAGUGAAGGAUUUGGGAAAGAGAUGCUUUCAUUUGUUUAGUAAUGAAAUCAUGUAAUCCAGAUUGCUUUAUUGUUUCUGCUCUAUGUCAAAGUGUUGGAACAGUGAUUUUGUAUAACUUAUUUCCCACCUAGAAUUGAAAUGAUAUGUUUAAGGUAGUCACAUGGCUAUGUUUCUUAUAGGAGACAAUAUUCAAUUCCAGAAUAUGGUUAGGAUCUUGAUUAUGAAUAAUGGGUUGUAUUUAGAAACACAGCCCUCUUUGUUUUAAACAAAGAAACAAAAGACUUGGAAGAUUCUCCAUGGCUGAUCAUGACAGAAAUACCCUGUUGAAAGGUAAGCUUAAAUAACUACUGUUACAACACUGGGUGCACUAUUUUUCUGGAUAAAAUUUAUAGUUAUUUUCUAUAUCACCCUUUGAAAGGGAUCUAUUCAGGUUAAAAAUCAUAUUUAUGCUGAAGUCUUUAUCUGGUAUUAAUUCAUGUCACAGGGGUUCAUAACCAAAGUGACUAGUAGUUUUAUCACUUGUAAAAUUUGUUCACAAUUCCAAAAGACUCUGAUUUGUUUUCUUAAUGAUUUCACAGGCUGACCCCUAACCUAAAUUCUAAAUAACAUCCAGUAAAUCAGUAUUGUUCUAUGACUUUAUGUUUUAACUAAUAAGGAAAACUCAUAGAUGUUUCUAUUAGAUUUUAUAAAAAUUCAAAAGUCUCCAAUUCCAUCUUGAGUCUCAAUUUUCUGACUCUGGCCCUUUUCAAUAUUACAAGUUUUUGUUCACAUUUAUAAGCAAAAAGUAUUCAAUUACAUUUAGCCUUUAAAUGGGAAACUCAGGUAAAUGAACUGCUGACUUUUCUAAAGUCCUUUAAUGGAUCAACUCAGUGUAAAAGGGGUAUUUACCUAUUCCCUUUCUGUAUUUUACAAGUGCUCUUGCUAAAAAGGAACAACUAGCUCUAUUUCUCCAAUCUCUGUAGGAUUCAUGAGAAGCUGCUUAUGUAAAUAUAAAAGCACCACAUGUACUCAUAUCUCCUAUGGCUGCUUGAGGCCCAUGAUGGGUAUGCUUUUGGGUCAGUUUUAAUGGUUAAGUAUAGAACAGGUCUCCAGUGAUGGUCUGGUUGAAGCAGAGCAUAUAAUUAUACCCCAGUGGAACUCACCUAAGACCACACCUCAGAAAACUAAUUAUGUAUGAGGUUUUUGCUUUGUUUUGUUUUUAACACAACACUUUAAUAUAUGUGUUCUUGAUACAGUGAGACAACUGUAAAUUUUUCUUGUCGUUCACCCACCUUUUCCCUGCCAUUACAUUUCCCAUGUAGCUACUGCAAAGACUUCCAGCAAUUUACAUGGCAUCCUGUUCAGCAGCACUGUAUUUUCAGAAAGGCCUGGAAAAUAUGCCUGCAAUGAGUAUUUUGUUCAUUCAGAGGUGCCUCUUUAUCUGCCUCUCAAGCUGUCUUCUUAGAGAGGAUCUUAAACAACCUGGAAUCUUUCUCGGGUUACUUGGGGUGAGGAAAGUCCAAGUUCUUGCAAUAUGCUGUCUUAUGAUUUCUGAGACAAAGAAAGAGAAGACAGAUUCUUUGUGUCUCUUCUUACCAUUUCCCCCAAGAGGAGUUUUGCUAUUGUUUGUUUUUCUAGUUCUAUUGUUUUUAAAAAGUCCAUUUUUAAGUAGUUUAUUCGACUCUCUAAUUUCUUACCAAAUCCCUGAUUAAGAGUCAUGCUAUAUUUACUUAAACAGUGAACACUCAUGAUCCAUCUUUAUGAAUGAAAAUGGUCAGCAGUACUUAGCAGUGAAUGGAUAAGAUAAAUUUUAAUAUAAUUUCCACUUGUGUUCUCCCAUUAAUUCUGAAUGUGAUAAUGCUAGCCAAGCAGUUCACAUUUUUGGUAGGGUCUCAAGAACUCACAGUAGGUUCCUGUAGUGACCCUAAGUUAGUAAGACAAGUGAACAAAACAGCCCAGUUACGAGUGAGGGAAAUGCUACCAUUGAUUUAUCAGAUUUAGUGCUCGCUUUGGCAGCACAUGUACUAAAAUUGAUUUAUCAGAUUUAGGCCUCAGCGACAUGCUUCUAGGACAAUUUCAUACCAGCCUUUCAAACUAGGUGUCCACUCUUACUGCCUCUUCCCAGAGCCAUGUACUGACACAGGUAAUAUCCUUAAGUUCAUUCUGGGGAGAGGGAAGAGUGUCCUCUGGCCCAGGGAUUUUUUUUUUUUUUUUUAAUCAGAAGACCCUGAAAAGGGGUACUUUGAACAACUUAACCUGUUGGCCAUGUUAAGUAAUGGUUCCUAUGCAUGGUUUUAAACGUAGGUACAGAUUUGCUCUCUGCUGAAUACUGUUUCCUCCCCGACCUGACUGCCUCUCCAAUGAGUAUUUUUACUGGAGUUGAAACUCAAUGCCUUAUGUGCUCACUUAGUUGUUUCUUUUUCUGCUACUUAUUUUCUCUCACUGUCUGUCCAGAUUGUGUCAAAUGCUGGUAAAACCUCUAAGACUGUCAAGAAAAUGCUUGAGAGUCGAUUCAUCAAAGCGCAAAUUCCUGACAAAAUGUCUUCAUGUUAUUUGGCUAUGUAGCACAUAGGAACAGAAAAUAACGGAAAUAAAGUCAUUUUUGUAAUUCAAAA